GUUCCAUCCUAAUGAAACUGGCUGUGAAGAAGGAUGGACAUUAUUUCUGCACACACAUCAACAAAGUUGUUUUUGAUCUAGUGAAACCUCUCCUUCAGCCCCAAGACAAAGAAACCAAUGGCGGAAAAGUGUCAGAGCCCGUACAGCCUGUGAAAAGAGUGACACAGGGCUCCCUCUCAGCUGUCUUAGACAAUGGAAUUCAUCUCUCAUACAGUUUCUACGGUCCAACAGGAGAAUAUAGAGUGAGUCCUCAGGAGACCACAGAGGGAGGGGCUCCAGAUACCGGCACCUUUGUCCCCAACCCUCCCCCAUCCUCCACUUACUGCUCUAAGGGGACAGAUCUGGACUCUGUUCCCUCCAAGACACACAACCCUGCCAGACCUCCACUGUCCCAGGUGUGUGAAGGUCAGACAGUAUUGCCAUCGAGUCCAUUCAACAGUCUCAGCCUGUCUGUACCUAACGGUCUGCUGCUGCAGUUCCUGCGAGAGGAUGCACAAGGAGUGUCCUCAGAGGAGCAGGGUAUGUUGGUGAAACAGAGCUUUCCUCUUCAUGGUGAAGGAGUUGUUGGGCAGCUUCAGGACGCUUCCCUCUCCAAAGAACUGUCCCGCAUUGUCACCAGCCAGGGAGCUGUGAUCCGAAUCAUGAGAGACGGGUCUACAGAGGUUCUGUUUGCUGAUGGCUCAGUCAGCUUCAGCCAGGAUUCUGGUCCGGUGUGGGUUCCUGAUUCUGAAGUUGAGGAAGAAAACAUGUCUCAAGAAACUAAGGACAGAAAGAAAGAGCCGAGCUCAGAGAAGGAGGCUGGUGGUCAGAGAGGUUUUUGGUUAACAACGAGUCCGUCUGGAGCUCGCAUCUACACUGUGGGAACGACACACCAACACAAACCCACCACGCCUCUCCUCGCCUUCAAGGCCACAGACCCCAUCACCCAUGACUUGAUGCUGACCCGUGAGGAUCUGGUGGUUUCAGUCCGGAACCCCGACGGAUCUUUAAGUGUAGAACAUGCAGACGGAACCAGGAUCACUAGCCUGUACCAACACAGACCACCAAGCACACCACAGCACACACUGCUGCACACAGGGGAGCAGCAUGAGACCCUUAAAUCAACCACUGAAUCUGAGUGUGUGUGUGUCACGCGCUGUGCUGACAGCAUUUCUGAAAAUAUUCAGGAUGCUGUUGACAACGGUGAAGACAUUAGCAGCAACAGUGCAAGGACAGCGUGUGACAAGGAGGGUGGGACUGAGUGUGAGGAUGUGUGUGAUGAAAGAGAAAGUAGUGUGUAUAAGAACGGUGAGGAGAGUGUGUUUGCGGAAGACACUGUGGCUGGCAAUGGUAAGAGUAGUGCAUGUGAGAGCAAUAAGGACAGUGUGUCUGCCAAGGAGCGGGUGGUGCUGGUGGAGAAGGAGGGCUGCUGCACAGUGGUGAUGUACCCAGAGCGACACAUGGCUCACGUCUUCUUAGCAGAUGGGACUGUAAUCACUGGGAACAACCAAGGAGCAUAUGAGGUGUUUCCAUCCAGUGGGGGGCUCCUACAGAUCCAAAGUGAUGGGAAAUGUGUGUACUCGUCCGACCCCAUUGUAACCCCCAGUCCAAUGGGUGGCACUCCAACAAACCAAUCAGGAAGCUACACCAUGAGUCAUACAGACAUAGUGGCCUGUGAUGUUACAGACCCCGAUGGGAACCACUUUCAGGUCAGGAUUAUAGGAAGAUCGACCGUACCUCGCGAGAGGAGGAGUUCCACGCUCCCCGAGAAACUUGGAAGUAGAGGAGACUUUGCGAACGAGGCCUAG